CAAACAGGUGCCUAAAAAAACACGAUUAAAGCAAGUUAAGCAUCCGUAAUCAAAAAUUUUUUUAUUUCGAUUUUCAAAAUUUCGUAAGUUUGCGACCGUCAAACAUCAGGUGUACUUAGACAAAAUCAAAAGCGAUCCCGAAAAGAUAAAAAAUAUCGUGAAAAAGCAGUUGAAAGAAUGAGAAAACGCCGCUCAGAACUAUCGAAAUUGCCAAAAAACAACAAGCUGUUAAAAGAACGUGAGAGGUUGAAAAUAUACCGUCAMAAAAAAAAAAUAAUAAAAUUACAGUAGACAAGGAGAAGAACAUAUUACUUAUACUUGCAAACAAACAUUGGGSAAAGACCUAAAGAAAGCUGAAAAUGCAUUGCCAAGAGACUUGGCAAAGAAAGCGGAAGUCAUUGCUGCACUGCAUAAAAAGUAUAUCGAACCAACAAAUUGUAAAGAAAAAAUACUCGUACAUUUGAAAGUGACUUAGAAUUGGAAACAAAAUUAAAAUUGGCGAAAGAAAUUUGUUUGCGUGAAGAUAUCAGCGCUCAGGCUACAGGAAAAAGGGAUACACUCAUUGUUGAUGGGAAAAUUGGUGCUAAGCGUUUUAUGCUUAGGAAGUUUACGAGGUUUAUAAAAAAGAUGCAAUUGCGAAAAGCGUAAGUAAAUCACGAUUUUUCGAAUGUCGUCCAAGAAAUGUACAACUUUCGAGCAAAAUGCCACACAACAUGUAUGUAUGCAUGCGUCACGCCAAUUUCAGUUUUUUGUUAAUGGGCUGUGCGACAGUUAUAGAAUGUUUUUCCGAAGGCUUCGAAACUUUCUUAAAAUUAGUUUGUUGCAAUAUCGAAAAUGAAAAUUGUACGACAAACGAUUGCGAAAAGUGUAAAAAAGAUGUAAAAGAUAUUGUGCCGCUAAAACACUUGUCAAAAAUGGACGCAAAUGUUAAAUGGCAGUACUGGAGGAAAUUGGGCGAUCGUGUAGUUUUGACUUACACUGUUGCUGCGUUAUCGCACUUGCUCCAUGAACUACAAGUUCAACUGCCAAUUUUCAAGCAACAUUUCAUUGUAAAGGUGGUGUGUCAAAAUGAAAUUCAAAGCGCACAUUUCAACUAUAGGCAAGUUUCCAUUUUUACUUGCGUAGCUUGGAUGUUUAAUGAAACUAAGUCGUUUGCAGAAAUUAGUGAUAGUUUACAUCACAGCAAAAUCGAUGUUCAAGUUUUCAUAACGAAGCUUAUUCAAGAGAUAAAAAAACAGCAUGGCAAAUUUGAGAGUAUUUUCGUUUUCUCGGACGGAAGUAGCAGUCAAUUUAAAAAUAAGUUUAUUACUUGGAGUUUACCUGAUUUACUGGCCGAAUUUGGUUGUAAAAACUUGAGUGGAACUAUUUUGCAACGUCAUAUGGUAAAGGUGCAAUCGAUGGCGUUGGAGCAGUUGUGAAAAGAAAAAUCUGGCAAUUACGAGAACAAAAAAUGUCGUUUUAAACGAUGCAUUCUCUUUACUUUACUUUUUACGAAAAUUAAGGAAUAACCGAAAAUGCAGGUAUCAGAAUGGUGCAUUCGGUUUCCUACUACGAAAAUCUUGAGCUACGAACUGCUCGUACGGUCUAUUCAAAAUAUAACAAUAUUAAAUACAUAUUUCUUGUGCUUUAUAUAUGUUUAU